AUGGAAGCUAGCAUCCACCUCAUGCAGGUUAUCCAAGAAAUGAGGGCAGAAAUCAACAGACUAGAGGAAGAGAAUCAUGCCCUCCGUGUGAAGCUGACUUCAGUUAGUCAGACGGCUUCUGGCUCAGAAAAGGAAUCCGGAGAUGAAAGGGAAGAAGCAGAGUACCAGCAAGCGCCAGGGGCCCUUCCUCAUAGUGUUCCCACUGAUUCUCCAGCGGCUGUGCAGGAACAAGGCAAUGUCAUGAUCGUCCGACGCUACUCUGUUUCUCCAGGAGUUCACUCCUGUGCAGCGGAUGACCCCUGGAAAGCUAGAAGCAGGCUUCCGAACAUCAUUGGAGCAUCACGUUCUUCCACCAGAAAUCAAGACAACGGAGAAAAGACGCUGGCCGCAGAUGCUUACAGCAGCAGUAGCUCCAGCCAGAGAGCUUCUUCUGAUCACAGCUUUGUUUGCAGGGAGAAGACAAAGACAGUCAGUUUCCAGUUACCUAGAAAUAGGUCACCAGUUCCCAAGGAUCCACAUCAGAGCACAGAGCCGCUAAGCAUCUUUGCAGAAAAAGAUGUGUGA